ACGCGAUCGGCUCGCGCAUGUCCAUCACCCUGUCGUGGUGGUACCGCCGCGCGAUAUCGCGCAAUGCUUUCGAGACGCGUUCUCACCAGACCUCUCUGACUCUCUCUCUCUCUCUCUCUUUUUUCUUCUCUCUCGUCUCCACCCCAUUCUCUCUUCGCAUCUUCUCGCAACUCCGCGCUACUCUACCGUGCUCAAGUGCUCUAGCUUCGAUGAUCAAUCGCUACAAUACUAUUCCUCUUUCCUUUGAUCCUGAUUCCUUUGAAAGAUCAUGUUUCACGAACUCUCCUCGCGGGAAGCCAAAGGGAAGUAUUCGAUAUUCACCCAUCAUUAUUCCGACGUUAUGUAUUAUCAUGUACCAAACACAUCACGGUAUGAGGAUUAUUUAUAUAACAUGCUCCAUAUGUUCUACUUGUUCCUUACACAAUAAAGCUAUCGCAAAACUGGAGGAUCGAUGGUUUGAGUACUACCAAAAACUACCCAAUAGUGUAUUCAUAGGUGAUCUACCCAAUAAUAUUACACACAAUCAUGACAUCAAGAUUGGAUAGAUUAUUCAUACUGUUGGAGACUGGAACAAAUGUGGCAACCAAACGAGCAGCUGCACAACAGUUAGGAGAAGCACAGAGACUACAUCCUCAUGAUCUGCAUCAUUUGUUAGCAAGAGUUUCUACCUUGUUGAAAUCUUCACAAUGGGAUACACGAAUAUCUGCUGCUCAUGCUGUGCAAGCUAUACUUUCCCAAGUUCCACCUUGGAAUCCAGAUCCUAUCAAUAAAAGGGAUCCUGACGAAUGUAACGAUGUAGUGAGACGCAAGACCUCUACGAAAUUGAAAUUAGAAAACUUCGAUGUGAGCAAAGUUCUUGCUCGUAGUACGCAUCUCACUGGGUCCGAGGGCAGUGAGUACGAUCUGAUUAUUGCGGAAGGAGAGCAACUGACGGGUCCCGAUCAGAAGGAAAACCUGGCUAUAAAACUAGGUUUUCAUCCACGUCUAAUGAAUUUUACCGCCGACUUGUUUGACAUUGAGGAUUUCACUUCGGUGCAAUCACCUUGCACAAAAAACGUCACUACGAUUCCCGUGAAUGAGACUUUAAAACAAUCGGAAGGAUUGAGUAGGAGGGAAAUGAAUAGAGCAAAGCGCAAGGCACGUCAGUCAGUGUCGAAGCAACGUUCACGCGAACCCGACGAUCGCGAAGACCAUGCGAACUCGACGAAUGUCCAAUCGCCAGAUGAUACUGAACCUUCAGUCAAGAAACUCUUAUUAGAUGAAAUUAUCGCAUCGGACACUGGAUCUAAGUCAUCCAGUGCAUAUAACGAGCAAGCGAGUGGCGUUCCAGAUAUAACUGGAUGCUGGCCAGAUUCCGUCAUAAAUUGGCCAUUGGAAUCCUUUGCAGAGAGCCUCUGUCAGGACUUGUUCAGUCAGAAGUGGGAAAUACGCCAUGGGGCAGCGACAGCUUUACGUGAACUUAUAAGACUCCAUGGAAAAGGAGCAGGCAAAUCUCGAGAUCAAACUUUGGAGGAGAUGAAAGAGAGCCAUCACAGAUGGAUAACCGACGCCGCUUUACGAUUAUUAUGUGUAUUGGGUCUUGAUCGGUUUGGAGAUUUCGUUUCCGAUCAGGUCAUCGCGCCCGUGCGAGAAACGUGCGCGCAAGCAUUAGGAUCGCUUCUGAUGUUAGUGCCCACCCAGUCGCAAGUUGAUGGUACAAAUAAUGUCUUUCAAGGGUUACUUUCAGUAAUGAUGAAGUUACUAGAACACUAUGAAUGGGAGGCCAGGCAUGGUGCUCUUCUCGCGCUGAAGUAUCUACUUGCUAUACGGAACGACUUAUUAGACGAAGUGCUGCCCAAGGUAUUUCCUUCCGUUAUACAAGGACUGGCUGACCCUGUAGAUGAUGUUGGUGCAGCUGCCGCAAGUGCACUUAUACCGGUAGCGUCGGCGCUUCCGCGAUUAUUCAAACCGUCGGAACUUGAAGCGAUCGUGACACGCCUCUGGCGAUUAUUGAAGGAACAGGAUGACUUAGCAGCUGCUUGCAAUAGUUUUAUGGGUCUGUUGGCAGCGAUACUCUCGUUACCCACCGCACAAGCUUGUUUGCGGCCUCAACCGUUAUCACAGGUAUUACCACGUUUAUGGCCAUUUCUCAGUCAUCCGAGUUCGAGUGUACGCAAGGCCACGCUACAAACAAUGCAAACACUCACCGGCGACGAUCGCAACAGAAACAAAAAGGAACGAUGGGGGGAGCACGGUGCGAUAGGACUUCAGGAAGCGUUGCGACAUGUGUAUCAGUGCGUGUUGAUCGAGCAUAUUCCUGCGAUACAGGACGUAGCGGAGCGCGUUUGGGAAAAUCUAGUCGUAAAUAGUGAUCUCGAAUUAUUGCUGCACGCGGCGUGCCCUCUCGUCAGUACGUGGCUUUGCCUUGCUAUGCAGCCGGAAUAUGUGCCGUUCAACCCGAGCCUGUUGGUAACGGUCACUAGUAGUGUUAAAAACACGAAAUAUAAUCAAACGGUCACUUACUCCGAUGGCCAGUCUGACUCGAACGACAACAGUAGUAACACCAACGUGAACACGAAGCCAUUAUCCGAGCUAAAGAUAUACAUCGGAGGGAUCGAGACAGUAGCACCGAACGUGCGAAAGGCAAACGUCGUACAGGCUCGUUGUAGGGCAUCUCGUAUGCUAGGAUUGUUAUCUUACUACAUAGUGCAACCCGCGCCGGGUGUGAUUUAUACGCCAGAUGUAACUAGUCCUACAGUUUGUUAUGCCAAUGUAUUAUUGGCUUAUCUCAAUUCAAGAUCAGCGUUACAACGUACUAUCGCAGGACUCACCAUGUCAUACUGGGCGAACGUAGAUCCUCUGCAACAGCCCAUGAUACCAGACAUACUCAGGGAAAGACUGUUGGGCUGUUUGAACGAGUGCGUGUACUACGACGAAAUUGCGAAUGCCUUUACUCGUUUGUUACACGAAAGCCGAGAUUACAUUGCGACUUUAAAACAUUAUGGACUGCCAGUGCUUAUCGAAGUGGAUUCAUCCGGUGUGAUGACUCUCGAUCAAAUCAUAACGGUCACUGAAAAAAAUAUUUCUACACUUUGCGCCAUGGUUCCUAAAACUAUUCCAAACGCCAGUUCUCCAGUAGGUAUUAAAAUAAAACCCAAGCUGAACGACGAGUUGGAGGAAAGAAGGCAAACAUUACUGACCGGAGCGUCUACUACGUUGACGCAACAACAUAUAUUACACGUUAUGUCGACAUCUGCACUCGCCGGUGCUGCUGCGAUGUUACAUUGUUUACCACCAUCUCCACAACCACUUAAUCCAGUGGUAAAACCACUGAUGGAGGCUAUAAAACGCGAAGAAAAUGAAGAACUCCAAAAAUUAGCUGCAAAACAUUUAGCUCGUUUAGUAGAUACGUGCGUCGACAGAAAGCCAUCGCCGAACAUAAAGAUUUCCACCAAUCUUUGCGCGUUUCUGUGUUCUGACGUGGAAUUUACGCCGCGGGUUUCUGGCAACAUAGACGCAGACGUAAUCGACGGAAUACUUACCUUGAAUAACAGACAAAAGCAGGCUGAGAGAUUAGCAUACAAUCGCGGUACAAGUGGCGGACUCGGAAGCACUAGGGGACCAGGUAGACCGCCAACGACUGAAAUCCCACUGGAGGAACUGCUGUCUUGCGAGGAACCAGAAGCCAAAGCCGCCAGGACGCGUCGUCGAGGAGCUACGUUCGCAUUGACAGCCAUAGCUGAUUUUUUCGGCCCUCAAUUACCGUCCCGUUUGCCUCAUUUGUGGGAACUAAUAAUGGCGAGUUUGUUAAAAGACGUUAAGAACACCGAACAAGAGAACAGAGUCGAGGAGGAAGGAAACCAAUUGAUCUUCGGUUUACAAGUCUUAGAAACCAUUGCACCGAGUUUAAAUAAGUUGAUUUUACCACCAGCACUAGAUCGUCUGCCACAUUUGUGUAGUUUAUUAGCGCAUCCGUACAAAGCGGUCAGGCAUAUGGCGGCACGAUGCGUAGCCACAUUAGCGAAGCUAAGCACAGAGAAGACAAUGGCACAUGUAAUACGCUCUGUCAUACCAAUGUUGGAAACGAGCGGCGGCGAGAAGAAAAAUCCCGCGGGCACCGUGACACCAAACAAAGUCGAUUCAGUACGUCAAGGAGCGGCUGAAGCAUUAGCUUGUCUUGUUGAAAGUUUAGGGGUGCAGGUGGUACCGUACGCUGUGCUUUUCAUGGUACCGUUACUCGGACGUAUGAGCGAUCAAAAUCAAUCAGUGAGAUGGAUCUGUAGCGCGACGUUUGCUACACUCGUUCAAUUAUUACCGUUAGAUCCUGGGGCGAUCGCUGAUCCGCCAAAUUUAGCGCAAGAGAAGAGGCAAGAGCGAUUGUUCUUGGAACAGCUGUUGAAUCCACGAACCAUUCCGGACACGGAUCUGCCAGUUCCUGUAGCCGCGGAACUGCGUUCUUAUCAACGUCAAGGGUUGAAUUGGCUCAACUUCUUAAACCGUUUUCACCUCCACGGUGUAUUGUGCGAUGAUAUGGGUCUUGGCAAGACGCUGCAGACUCUUUGCAUGUUAGCGUUGGAUCAUUAUCGCAAUGCAGAUGCGCCACCCAGUUUGGUAGUAUGUCCGCCGACUCUUACCGGUCACUGGGUCUAUGAGGUGGAAAGAUUUUUCAAAACAAACGAUCUGACGGUAAUCCAUUUCGCUGGGCCACCACAGGAACGCGAGAAACUGCGUCCUAUAGUUAUGAAUUACAAACUCAUAGUCGUGAGUUAUGACAUCGUACGAAAGGAAACCGAGUUCUUCGAGGGGCGUCAAUGGAAUUAUUGUGUACUUGAUGAAGGUCAUAUAAUAAAGAACGGAAAAACAAAGAGUGCGAAGGCCGCCAAACGGUUGCACGCCAAUUACAGACUCAUACUAUCCGGAACACCUAUACAGAACAAUGUGCUCGAAUUGUGGUCUCUGUUCGAUUUUUUGAUGCCGGGUUUCCUUGGCAGCGAGAAACAAUUCGCAGCGAGAUAUUCCCGUCCUAUCUUGGCGUGCAGAGAACCCAAAGCAGGACCAAAAGAACAAGAGGCUGGCGCUUUAGCUAUGGAAGCUCUUCAUAAACAGGUACUACCAUUUUUACUCCGUCGAAACAAGGAAGAUGUAUUGCAAGAUCUGCCACCGAAAAUCACGCAGGAUUAUUACUGUGACCUAUCGCCCUUGCAGCGAAUGCUCUACGAGGACUUUCGCACGCGUCAUUCAGCUGCAUUCACAUCUACUACGUCAACUUCUUCAUCUUCGAACGACUCCCACAACAGUCAUGUAUUCGAAGCGCUGCGAUAUCUACGUAACGUGUGUAAUCAUCCCAAAUUGGUGCUCGAUCCACGGCAUCCUAUGUAUCAAGCGGUAUGCAACAUAAUGAAGCAACAGCAAAAUACUCUGGCGGACAUCGAGCACGGCGCGAAGCUACCCGCUCUCAAGCAAUUGUUACUGGACUGCGGUAUCGGACAACAACAGAACCAACAAGCUCGCGGCAAUUCGUCGACCGCGAGCACAGAAAGCACACAGCAACAACAACUAGUUAGCCAACAUCGCGCCCUGAUCUUCUGUCAAUUGAAAGCGAUGCUGGAUAUCGUGGAAAAGGAUCUGUUACGUAUGCAUCUACCAACAGUGACGUAUCUACGUCUGGACGGAAGUAUACCCGCGGCGCAGCGGCACUCUGUUGUGACGCGUUUCAACGCCGACCCGUCCAUCGACGUUCUCUUAUUAACCACCCAAGUCGGCGGUCUCGGUCUCAACUUAACUGGCGCAGACACAGUUAUAUUCGUGGAGCACGACUGGAACCCGAUGAAGGAUCUGCAAGCUAUGGACCGCGCGCAUCGUAUAGGCCAGAAAAAAGUAGUCAAUGUGUAUCGCCUGAUCACUAGAUCAACGGUAGAGGAAAAGAUCAUGGGAUUGCAGAAGUUCAAACUUCUUACGGCGAAUACGGUGAUCUCGGCGGAGAACGCUUCGUUGGACACGAUGGGCACCGAUCAGUUGUUAGACUUAUUUACACUGGAUAACGAGAAAGACAAAAGAUCAAAACGUCAUCACGAAGAUACCGCAGGCCUAUCGGGCGUCAGUCGUUCUAUAUUGGAUAUUCUACCUGAACUCUGGGGAGAACAGCAAUAUGAAGAUGAAUAUGAUCUCGACUCAUUUUUGUCUACUCUGAAGGCUGAUAGCCAGUAAGCUUGUACCUCGACAAUUUGUUGAGCGUAUAUGUGUAAAUUAGGGCACAGUACAUUUUUCGCAUACCGUUGUAGCUCCAAGUUCGAUGCGAGAUAUCAAGUGAACUCUAAGGGAGACAGGGUGACGGUAAAAUUUAGAAAUUGGAAGCUGAGACAGUAAUUAAAAUUAAUACUAAAACUUAAUUUUAUGUCGAUAUAAUCGUUAUCGAUAUGAUCGACAAAAUGUCUCAACUUUUUAUGAGUACUUUUAAACACAACAGUACAUUUGACCCUAUAUCUGAUUAGGUAUAAACGCAAUUAAACGACUGCAAUUACGAGAAAGUUCUGUAAAUAUGUGAAAUGAAUAAAUGACUUUUAUAAGGGCGAUUCGAUGUUAAUAAAAUGAUAUUUGCAUAUAGAAUUAACUGACAUAUAGUAUUGACUGAAAAAGGAGAACCAAGAAAGAAAAGUGAACUACGAAGAACGGCGCUUAGGCUGUAUCUUCGCGUGAAUGUCGAUGCGUGAACGUCGACAUUUGCGAACUAUUUGUUCUUUUUCUUCUUUUUUUUUUUCUUCAAUCGUUCCAAUUUCUAGACCAAUUUACUGCCACUCGUACUUUCAAUAAUAAUAAAAAUUUAAUCCGAUUGUGAAUCCUUGGUUGCGUAUGAUAUGCUAACGCUUCAUGCUUGACAAUGAAUUGUUGACGAAUUACGACACAUCGCAGGUACCAAAAGCAACCAUGUCGCGUCACUUGGAUAUUAAGAAUUACGUAUGAUUAAGAAUUAUGCGUCCUCAUUACAUAAAAUAAUGACUGCAUUUAGAAAACACAGUUGAGUGAGCAUUCACUGUCAUUCGUAUAUUCUUUUAGAUUCAUCAUAGAUCUGAAAGAACACCAGUUUAUAAGUGCUGCAAAAUGCUUGUGUUUUCUAAAUGCCUCAUUGAGAAAGUUGACACACUUGUACCUAACUGUCCAACAAUAGCAAGUAGAGAUAGAUUAAGGUAUCUUAUAAGUGAGAGCGAAAGAGAGUGUUUUCGUUUAGUUGUAAUAAUUUAUAAAAAUGCCGAUACAAUUACAAUUCCGCAUUUGUACCAAAACGUCGUCACGGUGCAUAAUUAUUUAUAAUAUAAACUAGUCUCUCUCUUUUUUUUUCUACACCAUCAUGAUAAAUCAGUAUACGACAAUACCACUUGUCUCUUACUAUUCACUUUUUUUUCCGUUAAGUCAUAAGAAUAACAAUUUUUUUCCCCAUUCUUUGAUACGAUACUGGGUUUCCUAGUCACGUACCGCCGCUAUCAGAUAGCGUAAAUAGCAUACCUAGCGCUCACAGUUUCGCUUUGUACAUUACAUCUAUAUUGCCCGCCCCGAAUAUAUUAUGCGGAUCCAAAUGUGCUUUGGUCGCACGAUAAAGGGAAACACCCGCUUCUCCGACGGCCUCGGGAUAAAACUGCGCCCGUAACUUGCCGAUGCCGUGGUGAUGCGACAGAGAGCCGCCACUUGCGAGUAUCUCUUCUCGUGCCGAGCACUCGAUAGCCUCGUAAACCUCGACCGGGUUCUCCAGAUUCGUGUACUUGAACGCCAUAUAGAAGUACACGCAGCAGCCUGCGUCGUAAGUCUGCGUGACGCGACAGGAGAUAAGAUAUUUGCGUAUGCCGUGCGCCUCGCAGUCCCUGGCCACGCGUGACUUGACAUUUCUGCACAACGACAACGUGCGGUUCCAAGAAACAGAAGUCUCGAACGACUCCGCUAAUACGUUAAAUUCGAGUGCGAGGUCACGAAUGUAUCCGAUCACGAACGUCAUCAUGUAUCCGCGCUCGCCAUUGGUCUCACCACCCGAAACACCGCCGUGCUUCUCGGCAAUAUUGUAGAUUUUCCGUUCCUGUGCCGCGACGUCCGCCGCCGCGUUGCCUUCCAUCAUCAGCGUGGCCAUGCAUAUCUGAUCCCACUGGAAACCCUUUAUACCGGUGAUAUACAUAUGCUUCAGGCUUUGCAGUAUCGUGUUGAUCCAACCAGAUUCUGGACGUAGCGCAUAGCCGAGCUGGAACUGCUCGUUGUCCAUUAAACGUAUGCUGGACGGCUGACAUCGUUCUUUCGCGAUCUAUGUUAUUUAGAAAAUCUUUAUAUAUUGUGUAUACUUUGCGUACAAUGAAGGACCGUGCUCCUUUAUGAUAUUGGUGAUGAAACCGAUCUUACACAGCGGUUAUUCAUAUUUUUUGUGUACUGGACGAGAAUGUUAAGUAAAAGAAACACGGUCCUCUCGUCUGACCCGCCAUUCAAAAGCCGCCAAAGUCAUACAAUAAAGUAAUAUACGCACUUCUCGAAACGCGUGAACACCGCUUUGGAAAUUCGGGAACACAAUGCUGCCGUACUUCACCACCCGCGGUAAUGGUCUGAUCUUCAUUACGACCUCUGUAACGACUCCUAGAGUGCCCUCGCUGCCGAGAAUCAUGUGAUCGAAAUCUGGCCCGCAGGAUGCACGAGGCACUAAACUGCCUCUCUCCAAAGUGAUAACAGGAUCAUCCGUUCUCCCGGUGACCAUACGCACUCGCAUGACUAGGUCCUCGAUGUUGCCGUACGUGUUUUUCUUCAUGCCGCUUGCCCUGGUCGCCACCCAUCCGCCUAAACUGUUUGAGAAGAGAAUUAGCUUCCGUUUCGAAAGAUGUAAGUCUUUUACGCGUGUAAAUGUAUUCGUAAACGCUAACCACAAUUCAAGGCUAGAAUGCACAUGCGUAAACAGACACGUGUUUUAAAUAUGAAUAAUUAUUAAGCGUAGACGUAAUGUGAUAUGUGUAUUCUAAUGCAACUUUCACUCUGAAGGUAUUUAUUAUUUCGUAUCACUUCAGUAUUUCUAAAGUUGUGAGAACUAUUCGAAUCGAAUCACGGUAAGAUUGAAAUCCUCUCUAUUUGAAAAUUUUGUUUCCUUUCGGAAAUUUAAAUACAGAUCUGGCAUAUUGGCACAAUUUUGGGAAGCCGUAUUUCCUGCUAGUGAGUUAACGUGAGUUAUAUUUGGGCCUCUCUACUUGCCAAAUCUUAAAAGAAAUCAACAUAGAAUUAAAUAAUUAAGAAAAGGUAGUGAAGUUCUCACAUCAUAAAGAUUUGGGACAGUUUGACAUGAUUCAUUGUGUACGUUGCAAACUUGGAGAAAUAUUCGGCGUGUAAUUACACGUUCAAACGUUAUUAUUUAGUUAUAAUAAUUAAUCGCAUUAAUAUUUAAUGACUGGCUUCUAUAAAUUAGUCAUGUUAUUAAUCAUGUUGUUGAUUAAAAAUUAAAAUUCCAUUCAACACGGAAAAUUUUUGAUUCGCACAUCUCUAAGGGCUAAUUUUUUAGUAGCAAUUUAAAUUUCGAUUUAAGUUUUUAAAUUCUAUUCUAAUAAUGUAUAUAUUUGAUAUACUUAAACAGAGUUUAAAUCUAUGUUUAAAGUGUUACUGAAAAACUGACCUAUUUCGUGUUAUAAACAACAAUUUCAUAAAAAUAGCUUGUACUUUAUAAUUAAAUAUACCCUUUAGAAUAUUUCAAUUCUAUUAUGUAAUGUAUAGUAUAUAAUGUAUAGUAUAUAAUGUAUAGUUUGUAUUUUUAAACAUUCUGUAGUGUUAAAAUACAGUUUUCUGCGGUUCUUUUGUUCAGUCCUAAGUAAUUAUGAAGAAAUACAAAAAAUAUACAGAUCGUUAGUUAACAUUAAUUAUACUCUAGAGCUUUCGUUCAUAGCAAUAAAAGUAAUUUUAACAAUUAGAUUUCUAUAAGAGAACUUUGCUCUACUAAAAUAUUAAGUAAUAAGGAUAAAUACGGUUCGCGGCAAACAACUCGUCUUUCGGUGAAUAUUUGAAAUAUUCCAUAUUUCGAAUAAAUAAAACAUUAAACGUAAAUUCUAAACGAUUUGUAAGACGCGUUUUCUUAUUAUCAAAGAUGAAAUUAUUAAGUAACUGCUUAAAAUAUCGACGUCUUCGUCGCAAAAAAUCCUACAAUAUCAUUUAUUAGCAUCUUUAACCCUUAGUGGCCCUACAUGAGUAUUUCGAGUCCGGACGGUUUCUAUUCGUAGAAAUUUCUCAGCAUGUUGAGGGUCCCGGAUUUUCUAUCUCCUUCUAAAAAAUGCACAUUGAAGUACAGGUAUUUGUUCUAAAAACUUGAAAGUAUAUCCGUGAAUUUUUACAAAUUUUUCGAAUCACUUUAAAGAUAUGAUAAAAGGGCCGGACUCGAAAAACUCAUGUAGGGCCACUUGUAGUUUUUCAUAUAAGCCACUAAGGGUUAAAAAGAUAUUUUGCAUAAUAAUUCAUAUAACAUUCUUAACCACAUUCUACGCCUAGAGUUGUCUUUUUUACGUCGCCGCACCGCGAAACUUUUAUUACACCUGUUUCUGUUGUAUAAUGUGUGUCGGUGAACGAAGCCAAUUUUAUGUAAGAUCGAACUCAACUCAUUUUAUGUGAGAAUCCAAAUGUCUGCAAUAAAAUGUUAAACAUA